UGAAUCGCUGGCAGCCAGUUCGACAAGCAUGUAGUGCCCUCGCCCGCUAAUAGUGGGCGAUGGUAGUGCUAAACGGAUAAGCGUACGCUCAAACGCCGAGCUACCGAUAGGUGUCUCUACGGUCCCACUACCAUGAUCCUUCGCAAUUCAUUGCCAUCUUUGUUUUGUUGUUCUUUAUUCGUUUGUGUUUGCUGUUCCGUUCUUGUCGGUUGUGCGAAGUUUUACAGUGUGUCCUGUCUUUCGUUGCAACUUUUAAGUUAAGUUGGAGAUUUACAAAGUUUACUUCUCUAGAAACUUUUGUUAUAACAUUUGAAGAUAUCUGAUUGAGGAAUGUGUCAUUAUGUCUGAGGUAAGUGAGAGCCCACAUCAGGAAGAUAAUCACUCAGAUAUAAAUGGUAAUUCUAGUGGGAUACAUUGGGAUGACCAGAUUCUAAAUGCUGCUUUGCCACCUUACAAACCAGUUCUACAAGAUGAUGAGCCUUUUAAGCCUCAGAAUUUCUAUACCUGUCCAAUUUGUCAUGACAGGUAUCUGCUGCAAUCCAGCUUGGAUUUCCACAUGAAGAGGCGAAGCUUGCAAAUAAAAUAUCAUUGUCAAAACUGCAAUCGUUUUAUCACUGAUUACAAUAGAUGCAGCUUUCUGAACCACCUACAACAACACUCAGACUCUGGAGGAUAUCUGACUGACACACUCCAUGUCACAGUGACGCCUCUUGCUGAAGACCAGCUUAGGACAGACCAACAGACAUUCGAAAACAAAGAUUAUACCCAAAACAUUUUUGUGAAACCCUCAUCUACUGCAACAGUUGGACUCAACAAAAAUGGUGCUCCAUCUGAGAUAACUACAAAUGCAGCAGUUGCAGUGCAUACAGAGGAACAGGCUCAGCAAAGAACAGCUGUAGAAGAUGCCCUUUACACAACUGCUAUGAGUAAUAUUAAAGUCUCCAAAAACCUAACAAUGCCAGAGGUGUGCAAGGAAUGUGGCAUGAAACUUCUUAUUGACUUAAGGAAUCACUUACUGAGGCCAAGCUGUUAUGUUGACCCUGGGUUAGAAUGUCAGCAAUGCAAAUUAAUUUUACCAUCAAUAUGUAGUCUUCGUGCUCAUAAGAGGUAUCAUCAAAAAUUGAGACCCCACACAUGCCCUGAGUGUGGACGUAUCUUCUCUCUUUGGGCAUCAUUCCUGGUUCACCUCAAUUAUUCAUGUUUUCAUUUGUCUCGGUGUAUUCGAUUCAGAUGCCCAAAAUGUGCAACACUUUUUUAUUCUGUUGAAUUGCUUGAAAUGCACUACUUUUCUGAUCACAUCAAGACAGUGUUUAAAUGUGACUUGUGCCCCAUAGCAUGCUUUGAUACUAUUUCUGUUGAUCAACACAAGGCAAUUGCCCAUGUGAAAAAGGAUGUAAAGACUCUCCAAUUUCAGCAGUGCCAGAUAUGCCCAGAUCGCCUCACCCCAAAAGAACAAAUUGCUGGUCAUGUUUUGGAACAUACCCGCAGUAAAAAGUGCCUGGCGUUUGGGUUUGAGUGUACUGGAUGCAAAAACUUCUUCCAGCAGAAGGCUGUAUUUGGAGCACACCAGUGCAGUGGAUCACCAGCGUGUGCAGAUCGUGCUCAGGGGACUAACUCACAAGGAGACAGUAUGAUAGCAUCUGACUGUAGUACUGACAAUGCAUGCAGAGAUGGGGGUAAAAAUACCUCUGUUAGCAGUACCACUGAUAAUAUGAACAGCAGUGAUAAUUCUGUUAGCACCAACAACCUAGAGACAUCUGUUGAUAAUAUUGAUGAUAAUAACUGGAAUAAUACUACUUCUACAAGCAGCCAAAGGUCUGAUAUCCCAAAGUGUCUUCCAAUAAAAAUUUUAACCCGGAGCUUCCCGGUGAAGAAGCUGUCGUCUCCAAAAACUAUACAACCGAAACCGGUUUCACAGGCUGAAAAACCACCUAUUAGACAGUACGGCAACAACAGGCUCAGCAAUGUAACUGUGAAGACAAAUGGAAACAGAUUUAUUCCAACAAAACACAUUACACUUACGCAGGAUUUAAAAAAGAAUACUCUAAUAGCAAAUAUUUUGCCUGCACAAGCAACUGUGAGAAGCACAGAUGGAGGUGUAUUAAAAGUCCGUAGAGUUAUUCGUAAUUGUAGUUCAUGCAAAAGAGAAAUUGUGUUCCAUUCUCCUUCAUUGGAACAAUACUCCAUGCUUCCUUCCAAAUGUUACAACUGCUUAAAAAAACACAAUGCUCUCUCAGGUUCAGGAAGUAUUUUUACUUCAGGAACUAAAACAAUUGUGCACCUGCAGAAGGCAAAUAGCCCUAAUAAAACUUUAGCUGUUGUUUCUGCUCCAAAACUGAUGGCAACUCCGGUUUCAAGUACAGUUACAGCCACACAUCCCACAACAGUGAUACCUACUACCAGGCAAUUGAAACCUCUUGGCAGCAUAGUGACAGAAAAAUUGGAAGAAACUAAAGAAAGUGCUCGUUUUGCAUUUAAUGGCCCUCAUAGUAGUACUGAUUCCAAAGCUCCUCCUGGGCAGUUCAAGUGCCACAUUUGCAAAAAGCUAAUUAAUAUACAGUCCAGUGAUAUUCAGGAUCAUUUUAGCAAAGAGCACAAAAACAUAGAGAUCCAUAAACUUACUCCACUUCUGAAAAAAAUUAAUAUUGAACAUUCACAGAAAGGGAAAGAGUUAGGUACUAUCAUCAAAAUGGAACCAGAAGACAGUGAAAGUCUUGAGCCUCCACUAAACACUUCCUCUGGAGAAAAAUCUGAAACUCCUGAACCACCUAAAAAGAAAAAGAAGUCAAAAUUAGGAUCCAAAGACAAACCACCUGCACCUGUUACACCCUUCAGUUCAGGAAAGCUUAUAUUCCCAGUUGUAAAAAAAGAAGACAAUAAGUAUGAAUGUUUCAAAUGUCAGUUUACCCACAUUGAUAAAGGUGAAUUUGAAUCGCACAUUGUCCUUCAUAAGACAGAUUCUAGUUCUUUCCAAUGCAUGGAAUGUGGAAUGUGUUUUAUUGUCCAACCAUCAUUUGAGAAGCACCUUUUAGUCUGCCAUGGCAUAAGAGAUGUUGAAAAAUAUGUAACUGAAAAUCUUAAUUGUAAACAAGAUAGUUAUGACCCUUACAAUGGAUUCUCCCCAGUGACUGUAUCAUCAGAUGACGAAGCUGAUGAAAACAAAUGUAGUGUGUGCCAUGAUAGUUUUGAAACAUCGGAAGAAUUAGAUAAGCAUUUCCGUGUGCAUGGGAUGGCAUUUCUUCUCAAGAAACAACGAGAACUUAGACAAAUAAUAACAGCAUAAUGUGUGGACAUCCAUUGUUUGUGUAAAAGUUUUUCUCACAUUUCAUAGCAAUGUAUGUCAUUAAUAAAUGUUAUUUCAAUGUGUGCUAUUAGCUAAUAUGUCUAAAAGCAAAGUUUUAUAACAUGUUACUCAGAUUCAUCAAAUGACUGUUAAUUUCUUCGCUAUGUGAAGUUCUGUCUUAAAAUGAUGUAAAAAUCUUAUGCUCCCAUGGGGUAGGUUGCAAUUUUAUUUGCUUUAUCUUAUGUGACAUGUAGAAUAGUGCAAUUCAAUCACUGCAGUAUAAAAGUAUGUGUCAAA